UGCUUACAUCAUAAACGAACGUACAUUUGACUAGCAACACAAAACGGGACGCUUCUAGCCGAACAGACGGUUCCUUUGUUGUCAAAUAUGUCCGGAAGAGGUAAAACCGGGGGGAAGGCCCGUGCGAAGGCCAAGUCUCGUUCAUCCAGAGCUGGACUUCAGUUUCCAGUAGGACGUGUACACAGAUUAUUACGCAAGGGAAAUUACGCCGAGCGCGUAGGCGCAGGAGCCCCCGUGUAUUUGGCCGCUGUCCUGGAAUACCUAACGGCUGAGAUCCUCGAGCUGGCAGGGAACGCAGCCCGAGACAACAAGAAAACAAGAAUCAUCCCCCGUCACCUGCAGCUGGCUGUCCGCAACGACGAAGAGCUCAAUAAGCUUUUAGGCGGUGUUACCAUCGCCCAGGGCGGAGUGCUUCCAAACAUCCAAGCAGUGCUGCUGCCCAAGAAAACUGAGAAGCCAGCCAAGAGCAAGUAACGGAGCUUUGCGAUCAUGGACAUUGACACAAACGCAGCUCGGCUAGUUUGAGUCCAAACGCACUCACUCCCUCACACAAGAAGAGAUCUACACCACCACUGGCUAUAAAUGGCCAUGGGACAUUUAACCUGCCAUCACGGUGGACUAUCCUUGCGGGGAAAAAAACUCCAUUUGUGGGAUGAAUGAACAUCAGUAUUUCAUCGUAUAUGGACCAAUGUUGGUUACAUUUUAUUUGUCACUGCUUUAAAUUACAUGCAAGUCAUGUCAGUUAUCUGCUGUUUAAGUAAUUAUGUUGUUUCAAUAAAUGUUGAGUGUCAGUGGAAGGCACAAAGAA